AUGACUGAGGAAGACUCGGUAUGUAAUCAUAUUGGGGAAAAAAAUAUCGUUGAAAAUGAAUUGGUGUCGUGUCGGGAAAGCAUGGGAGCACGAGUAUCUUGACAUACUUUCUCGUUUUUCGAUAAUGCGUUAACACUUAUGAACAAGAAACUGAAAUUUACUGCCAUUGUGCGUGAAGAUUUUGCAAUGAAAUUUGCGCAAAGCAAAAAUAAUGCUACUUUCUAGAUUCCAACCUCAAAACCAUGUGGUUAUCACUCCAAAGAAUUUACAUUUGUCGUCAGUGUAAUAUCUUUCGACAGAUAAUUCGUUAGCUUUAUUACGAUAAUAUGUUUGAUGUUUCUGAUGCAAUAUAGUAUAAUAUUCGACGGUCAUAUAUUUCUAAAUUAUUGUAAUAUUUAAGAAAAAUAAAAUACAUCAAAGUAUGUUUGAUAUAUUUGGAUUCUAGCAAAUAUUUAAAUGAAAAUGCAUUUUCAUAUAGAAUAAUUAACAACGAUAUUUGCAUUAAUAAAAAUAUAAUGUUUUACAAAUAAGAUACGUAAAUAUGAGAAAUAUUUGUAGAUGUAAUUUAAUAAUUUAAAAAUAUUUAGGUAUUCGAUCCCACUUUAAAGAAGAAGAAAAAGAAAAAGAAAACCACUUUUGAUCUUGAUGCUGCGUUUAAUGAAGGUGGUAGUAUAGGAGAUGCAAUGGAAACUAGUGGUGACAAAGAGAACCAAGAACCAGAGCCUCCUGCGCCUGCCGAAGAUGAUGAAGCAUUAGAUUUAGAAAAUUUCGGAAGGAAAAAGAAAAAGAAGAAAAAAGCAUUUAAUUUAGAUGAACUUGAUGCAGCACUACCUGAUACAAAGAAAGAGGAUGUUGUUGAGCAACAAACAGAAGAAAUUGUUGUGGACGAUACCUUUGACUUAGAUAUGGACUUCUCAAAAACUAAGAAGAAAAAAAAGAAAAAAAAAGAUCUUGAUGAAUUAGUAGCCGAGGAAGAACGUAAGGAAAUUGAAGAUAAAGAAAAUGAAGAGACAAGUUGGGUUGGAUCUGAUAGGGAUUAUACAUAUGAUGAAUUGCUGGUAAGAGUAUUUAAUAUUAUGAGAGAAAAGAAUCCUGAUAUGGUUGCUGGUAAAAAGCAGAAAUUCGUCAUGCGUCCUCCUCAAGUAGUGCGCAUAGGCACCAAAAAGACAUCGUUUGCUAAUUUCACAGAAAUAUGCAAAACACUUCAUAGGCAACCAAAACAUUUACUCGACUUUUUACUUGCUGAAUUAGGAACUAGCGGUUCUGUUGAUGGAAAUAGUCAACUUAUUAUUAAGGGUCGUUUCCAACAGAAACAAAUAGAAAAUGUUCUUAGGAGAUACAUUAAAGAAUAUGUUACCUGCCACACUUGUCGUUCUCCGGACACUAUUCUUCAAAAAGAUACUCGACUAUUUUUCUUACAGUGUGAAACUUGUGGCUCAAGAUGUUCUGUAGCUAGUAUAAAAUCUGGUUUCCAGGUAAUUACUUUUAUUUUUAAUAUUAGUAAUUAUCUUGGUAUUACCUCUUUUAACGUGUAUUUUAAUGACUGAUUAUUCAUUUUAGGCUGUCACAGGAAAGCGUGCUGCUAUUCGAGCAAAAACUGCCUAA